ACAGAAAAAUGAAAAAGAAAAGAAAAGGAAGGCUUUAACCAGAAAAUCCAACCCAAAACACAAAAUGUCUUUUGGCGCGAAAUAGCAGUAGACGUUAGUUAGUUACAUCACAAUUCCCCCUUCUUAAUCUGGAAAUGAAUCUCUGUAAUUGAUCAAUAUUCCGUAAAACUUUCGGAACAGUAAAGAGGAGCAACAAUGGAGGAUGAGAGGGAUUGGAGACUCGCCUCCGAUUGGUACUCUCCAACUCGCCUCCACGACAGUCCCGUCAAAUAUGAUUUUCCGGGCGAUAGGUUUAUUCCAAAUCGGAGCCUGAUGGAUCUCGAUCAAGCCCACGGUGCGCUGACCAACAGGGUCGUCCAACGCCCCACACAUACCAAAUCCAGUAUUGAAUAUAGGAAGUCUUUGAGCAAUCUGACCUUGAAUGCUGAUGGUAGGCCAUUUCAGAUGCUUGUUUUCAGGGGAAGCCCCAAAUCAAGUAGAAAACCGAACCCUAUGGUUGAUGAGACGCGACGCAGUAACAGUGAGUACCCUACUUGUAUACCAUUACGAAGAUUCCCCAAGGGUGAAUCUAAAAUUCUGGAUGCCCCCGGAAUCAGCCACGACUACUAUCUCAACAUUGUUGAUUGGGGGAAGGAAAACAUUCUAGCAGCUGCUCUUGACAGAAGAUUAUACCUGUGGGAUGCAAAUACUGGUAAAGUUGAUCUGUUAUCAGAGGUGAAAGAAGAUGACUAUCUUGCUAGUGUAAGCUGGUCUGAAAAUGGAAGAGUGGUAGCAGCAGGGAAUAGUUGCUCUACAGUACAUCUCUAUGAUGUUGAGACUCUCCAUCUAGUGAGAUUGUUAGAGGGUCACCGUGGACGUGUGGGAUCUAUUGCGUGGAAUGGUCACACAGUAGCUUGUGGAACCUCUAGCGGAGAUAUCACCAACCAUGAUGUUAGAGUGAGGAACAGUCAAGUGUGCCGUGUGAAAGUGCACAAGGGCGAGGUCUGUGGUUUGAAAUGGUCGGGCACGGGCAGCAUGCUGGCGAGUGGUGCAAGCGAUAGGAGAGUCUACUUGUGGGACGCGUGUAAGAUGAGCGAAAAGCACCAUGUCUACAGAUUCGAUCAUCAUUGUGCAGCCGUGAAAGCUCUGGCGUGGUGCCCUCACGACUACAACGUGCUAGCAUCGGGUGGUGGCUUGGAAGAUGGCAAUAUCAAGUUAUGGAACACUCAAAAAGGGACCUGCACCUCUAGCACAGAAACUAAGUCACAGAUAUGUGGGCUGCAAUGGAACAAGCAUCACAAAGAGUUAUUAAGUGGGCAUGGCUAUGGCUACGAAUGUCAAAACCAGUUAUGCUUGUGGAGGUACCCUUCCAUGUCCAGAAUAGGAGAAUCUCGGAAUGCGCCGUCUCGAGUUCUCCAUCUAACUCAGAGCCCCAAUGGUCUAACCGUCGUCUCAGCCGGCGAAGACGAGGCUCUUCGUUUCUGGAAUGUAUUUGGCCCGGAGCCCCCCGGCAAUUCAAGAAUGUCCUAUUUGCAAAGCCUUUUAUCUCUCAAGACAUCACCCAUAAGGUGAUGACUAUUCAUUGAUUUUCACCUCUCCAACUAAUGUAGCCAGAUUGGAUUUAGUGUAAGCUUUAGAAGUUGGAUGAUAUAUGAAUGUCAGCAGUUCUGAUGAACAGUCUAUUGUAUUCAUUGACCACAAUACAAAAGCUUCAUGAUAAAUUGGCAUAGUUAAGAACACAAAUAUAAAUCAUCCAAUUGUAAAUGUGUUUCCUGGCUACCGCCAGCCAGAUCACAAGUUAAGGAAAAUGCAUCAAAGCCAAAUGGGAGCAUUAUUUAUUUGAGAAAUCCUUUCAAAGCAAACUCUGGGAUCUAAGUUGACCAACAAGAAGCAUAAAGCCUUGGAAAAAGGGUACAAAAAGAAUCCGCUUAAGCUGAAAUAAAUCAAUCGACCCCGCUGUAUCUUUAACCUGUAAGAGCAGCAUUGAGAGCGCUGUGUACAUCUAUGCCGAUUUGUGCUUCAGCUUUCUCCACGUCGGUUGAUGCUGUGUUUAGCUUUUGUUGAAACUCUGCAAGGCCUUUCUGAAC